AUGUCGACGCCCUUGCAGGACGGCACCGACGCCGUCUCACCCUGCCAGAGGCUGCCAGAUGUCGCCUCGUUGAAGCUGCAAGACGCGCGCCAUGUUGACGACCAGCGGCGAGCCGGGGACUCGCCCAAGCCGCCAACGCUUGACCAGCUCCCCACGGAAAUUGUCGAGCACAUUCUUGGUUAUUUCGAACAACCAUUACACAUGAACCUUUACGAGCUGCAAUAUCGGAGACUCCACUCUCCCCUGGCGCGGGAUGCCUGGAACACCCGCCAAAAGGCCGUUCAGAGCCUGCGCCUCGUGUGUCGACGCCUUCACGACCUUGCAUCGCCAUUGCUGUUCCCGUAUGUCUCCCUGAGCCUUGACCAAGAGUCUUUGGACGCGGUGGACAGAAUCUCCCGGCGACCGUACCUUGCAGCGGGUGUCCGCGGUGUCAUGGUGGACCAGACGUGUCGUGAUGGCGCCUUGGUCAACGGCCAACGCCCCUUUACCGAGUUCAACAGAGAGCUCAUCGAGAAGCUACAGAGAUACGCCAUCGACUUCUAUUACGACACGCACGAGUUCGCGGAUGACGAGGGCGGGCACGAGGAGGACAAGGCACGGGCCCGUCUGGAAGUACGCAACUUCCGGGUCAUAUGCAACGCAUGGAACGCGAACUAUCGGAUCCCGGCCCGGGCCGAGUCGGACGACUUGGUCUCCGACGUCGCAGAGGCGCAGAAAUACGUGGACCUCCUUCGGCGAGGACGUGCGGCCUACGCGCGCGCCUUCGAAAAGCAGGUCCGCCUAGUCAGUGACGGCACCUUCCUCCGGGUGCUCGCGGCCGCCUUUGCCCGGAUGCCGCGCCUGGAUACGGUAAACGUGGGAGGACGACGGCUACGCUUGUAUGCCAACUGCCGUGACCAACAUCGGGUGCUCACAGACGAUGACGAGCUGGAGCGGUUCGUGGAGUCGCAGGCUUGGUCCCGGACCGAGACGCCGCCCAAUAAUAUGUUUGUUGAAGUGCUUCUUGCCGCCCACGCCGCCGGCAGACGACUGAGGCAUAUCUACGCCGAAGACGCCAGGCUCGGCACGCACGUGGCCGUGGCAAGACCAGACGAGGGAGCGGACGAAGACAUAGGGGAGAAGCUGCGGGCGGUAAGUCAGGCAUUAGAGUCAGUUCAUCUCUUUGUCGAUGAGCGACUUGACCCUGCCGAGGCCAGUUUCGUCGACGACUAUGCCUCAACCGUCACUUCCGGCAGGGAGCUUCGCACCCUCGUCCUGGAAGGACACGCCAGGUACCACUCGAUGCACCGUGUCGAGCUGACAAGCCACGCGCGAUGCCUGACCACGGCAGACUGGCCGUGCCUGCGGAAGCUGCACGUUUAUUACGCCGCCGUGUCGCAGACGGACCUUGAGGCGCUGUGCGGCGGCUUGCGCGACGGGUCCCUGCAUAACUUGCUCCUGGUGUUUGUCUUCCUCAUCAGCGGCCUGUGGGCAGACGUGCUGGACGCGCUCCGCAGCAAGGUGUCUCGCGGCGAGGGCUGCAGCGCGCGGCUACUGAGGCCCAUGGGGGCCGAGAUGCGCAACCUGGUUGAGCGUCACGUCAUCGAGGACGAGGCUACGCGCAGCGCGUGGGAGGCCCAGGGGUUUGCGAGGCUGGAACCGAUAGUCACGCAGCGGGCGGAGUGGUAUCUUGCCGGCGACCCAAGGGCCCCGGUGAAUCCCUUUCGGGGUGAGCUGGACGAGGAACACUGCAAGUUGAGACAUUGA